AUGAUGUGUAUUUAUACUGAAUAUAUAAACCUUGUUUGUCCUGCAGUGAAACACACUCUGAAAUAUUUCGUCACUGCAUCAUCUGAAGUCAGAAACAUCCCAGAGUUUGUGGCAACUCUCAAGGUUAAAGAAAACCUGAUGUGUGUCUGUGACAGCAACAAAAAGGAAAUAGAACCAAAAAAUAACUGGAUAAAAAUGUUAUUAGCACUUGAUCCUCAGCGUUUUAAGCAGUACAUUCAUGAGUGUGUUGAGAAUCAGCCAAACCUCUACAAAGCCCUGAUUUAUUAUUUGAAGCAGGACUUAAACCAAAGUGGAGGUGUCCACAUUUUACAGAUGAUGAGUGGUUGUGAGUGGGAUGAUGAGACUGGAGAGGUUCAUGGUUUUAUACAGUUUGGUUAUGAUGGAGAAGACUUCAUAUCAUUUGACCCGAAGACAUUAACAUGGAUCGCCCUGAAACCACAGGCUGUCAUCACCAAACAGAGAUGGGAUGAUGAAAAAACUAGAAUAGAACAAAAUAUGAAGUUUCUCACACAGAUUUGUCCUGACAUACUGAAGAACAUUUUGACCUAUGGCAGCAUCCUUCUGCGGAGAACAGGUAGGAUCACAUGA